AUGGUGAUGAUAGCAAACAAGAAAUCGAAGAGUCAGAUGGCUUCAGACCUGACGCUGUUCCUGGGCAGUAAUGCAGCAGUGUUCACCGACUGGCUUCAUUCAACGUUGGCCUGGUUGCAGGCAUCCAACGAAAUCGGCAAGGUGCCGAUGGAGGCAUUGCAGAGCGCUGUGGUCGAGGCGAUUUCUGACAGCAACUGUUCAGCGCCGAAGGAUUCCAAAGAGUGUGGUCGCCUGAAGUCUAUGGCGCCCAAGAACGGCGGUGAUAAGCCUCUGGCCAGCACUCGGGGGAUGAGACCAACGAAGUCACCGUCAAACAAGGCGAUCACGCGAGACGAAGACGUACUCGACAUGUACCCUGAGAUUAGAGGAGGUGAGCCAUUUCAUUUUUUGUUUCUUUCUCUUAGCGUUUUUCUAAGCAAUGAUCUCUUCAAAAACCAAAAUUGA